AUGGUCAAUUUUCUCAAAGAGGCAGAUAUGAUAAUUUCUAUCAUAGAACUAAUUCCUAAGUCUGAUGAAAACAUUGUAUCAUUAUCUCAAGCUGUGAAGACAAAUUCUUCUAUUGUUAAAGCAGAGGAGAUUUUAGAUAUAGCUAAUGCUAAUAUUCUCGAUCAUUGUUAUGAGAUUUCUCCUGAAUUAUUAACUGAAGACUUUAUUUCAAAGUAUGGGAAUUAUAAACAUAUGAGAUGGUUUAGAGCUUAUAGACAAAUACGAGAUGCGG